AUGUUAAAAUACUCUUUCCUUUCUCAUAGUGCAAAUAUCAAUGAAAAAAAAAAUAAUGAUAAAGAGACCGCUCUUCAUCGUGCAGCAUAUAGUGACGGAAAUGAAGAAAUACUUGAGCUUCUGCUCUCACAUCGUGCAAAUUUCAAUGAAAAAAAUAUAUCCGGAAGAACAACUCUUCAUUUAGCAGCACUAUCGAAUUGUAAAGAAAUAGCCGAAGUUCUUCUUUCGUAUUGUGCAAAUAUUAAUGAAAAGGAUAAUUAUGGACAAACUGCUCUUCAUGUAGCAGCCUAUUAUGGUUCUAAGGAAAUAACGGAAGUUCUUGUUUCACGUGGUGCAAAUAUCAAUGAAAAAAAUAAAGACGGAAAAACCGCUCAUUUAGUUGCAAUAGAGAGGAAUUAUGGAAAGAUAGUCACUCUACUUACAUAUGCAGCUUAG